AUGUCCACUUUAUCUGAGUCAGAGUACUCUCAAUCCACAAGGACACAGCCUCAACCUAUUCGAGUCACGAACAUUAGUCCUCAUAUCCAAUCGAACACUGCUCCAUCACUGAAUAUGAUCCAUCAUUUCACAAAUCCAAUGAACAACAAAAACACCACUAGUGAUCCACAAGAAGUAGUACCUUCAGACAAGGCAGUUUGUGGUCUCAUUCUCAAAAACUGGAAGUCUCGACACAGCACCAAAACACUCAUUCGAAAGGCUUUCCAUGUGCAAGAUUUUGAAAGUUCCAUUCCACACAAUGUGUUAUUGAUGGCAGCUCAAGAGUUGUCAUCCGUGGUUUCAGCACCUUCACGAAAUGGUGUUGCUUCCAUGAUUUCGAAAAAACCACACAUGAUGAAGCAUCAUCAUUUGAACAAAACCAAACAAGGAAAACAAACAUCUUCUUCUUCCGCCAUGUCUUCGAAUCGGACUGGAGGAUCGAGUAAACUCAAAUUUCAUCAAUAUCAACCCUCCCAACAAGGCUUUCCUAUUUCCUCUCAUCCUUCUGUUGAGAGUAUGAAGAUGAUCACUACUGGCCAUCAUUCAAUGCAUGUGAUGGAUGGUACCAAUGAAUCGAUUGUUGUUAUUAAUAAUCCAAGUACUACAACUUCUACUACUACUACUACUACUACUACUGAUCAACAACACAAGAGCUCAUCCUCCUCGUCCAUGCUCAACCAUUCUACCUUAAAUCCCAAUAACAACAACAAAAGUACAACCUCAUCAUCACUGAUCUUUAUCGAAAAACAAGUGCCUUUCAAAUUUGCAACUCUUCCUCACCAGUCGGCUCCAUCCAUGAAAAAGCCUUUAUCGCCACUACCCUCACCAAGAUCUUCUCUUCAUCCUUCCUCCUCACCAAACAUGAUGCCAAAUGGUUUGAAUCAAUCAGUAACUGUAUCUUCUCCCUUAGUACCCUCUUCUAAUUGGAUUCAAUCAAGUUCUCCUGUUUUGAAAGAUCAGCACCAUCCUCAUUCCUUCCAGCACGAUCAAGGUGAUUCUACGGCAUUCCAAAGUAGCUUUUCGUUACCUCCUCUCUUAUUCGUUCAUUCUUCUAACAACAACAACAACUAUAAUCAUCAUUCGGAAAGAACCUUACCAAGUUUCUCUCAAUUAAUAAAUCAACUCGGAGUUUAG